UGAGAGAGGGGCUCAUUAAAGACUGAGACAAAUUGGAGUGGAGGUGAGAGAGAGCAGGGCAUGCGCUGUUUCCCAUUUGGCUGGACUGACUGACCGCAUGGACAGCAGGAUGUCUGGAGGAGACAUGGCCAAGCCUCUCCUUGGCCACAGGAGCACAGAGGGUGAGCCCAGCGUGGUGCCUGCAGCCGGCCGCACCAUCGGCGUGCUGGGGAGUGGGGACUUUGCACGCUCGUUGGCCAUCCGCCUGGUGUGCUCCGGCUUCAAGGUGGUGGUGGGCAGUCGCAACCCAAAGCGCAAAGCCUGCCUCUUCCCUUCUGCAGCAGAGGUCACCUUCCAGGCUGAGGCGGUGAAGAAGACAGAUGUCAUUUUUGUGGCGGUUUUCAGGGAACAUUACUCCACACUCUGUGACCUGGCUGAUGUGCUGGCGGGCAAGAUCUUGGUGGAUGUCAGUAACAACACCGAAAUCAACCACCACAAAGAAUCCAACGCUGAAUACUUGGCCUCUUUGUUCCCAGCCUGCACUGUGGUCAAAGGCUUUAAUGUGGUUUCUGCGUGGACGCUGCAGUCCGGUGCCAGGGAUGGCAAUAAGCAGGUUCUGAUCUGCUCCAAUAGCCAAGAAGCCAAGCGUACAGUUGCAGAAAUUGCUCAGGUCAUGGGAUUCACCCCUGUAGACAUGGGCUGCAUGUCCUCAGCCUGUGAGAUUGAGAACAUUCCCCUGCGCCUCUUGCCAGCCUGGAAGAUCCCCAUCUUUUUGGCUCUGGGGCUCUUUCUUUGCUUUUUCACUUACAACCUGGUACGUCAGGUCAUCCACCCUUAUAUCAGGGAGCAGCAGAAGAAGUUUUAUAAGAUCCCCGUCGAGGUGGUCAACACUACGCUGCCAUGCGUGUCCUACGUCAUGCUGUCUCUUGUCUACCUGCCCGGCGUGCUGGCAGCCUGCUCACAGCUCUACUAUGGCACCAAAUACAGGCGCUUUCCAGACUGGCUUGACCAGUGGCUGCAGCACAGAAAGCAGAUCGGCCUCCUCAGCUUCUUCUGCGCAGCCCUGCAUGCUGUGUACAGCCUGUGCCUGCCCAUGCGUCGCUCCCACCGCUAUCAGCUGAUUGAGACGGCUGUCAAGCAGGCUAUGGAGAAGAAGAAGAGUAUCUGGGUAGAGGAGGAAGUCUGGAGGAUGGAGAUUUAUAUCUCUGUUGGAAUAAUAGCCCUGGGCUUGCUGUCGUUACUUGCCAUCACCUCACUUCCAUCCAUCGCAAACUCUCUCAACUGGAGGGAAUUCAGUUUCAUCCAGUCUACCCUGGGAUUUAUUGCCUUGGUCGUCAGCACCCUACACACCCUCACAUACGGCUGGUCGAGGGCCUUUGAUGAGAACCAAUACAAGUUCUACCUGCCUCCUACCUACACCCUCACGCUGCUCGUCCCAUGUACUGUGAUCCUAGCAAAAGUCGCCUUCAGUUUGCCCUGCAUCCAGCAUAGACUCCUGCGAAUCAGGAGAGGCUGGGAGAAGGGGAGGUAUGUCAAGUUUGUUCUGCCCAGUGCAACAGGAGAGUAUUCAAGUGGGGAGACUUCCAGCAACGUCUGAUGGAACCCCAGGGGUGGCAGAGGAUUUAAAAGCACUAUCAACAUUUCUAUAAAGGUGUUUCUUUUUCUUAAAUAUAUGUAUGUUUUGGAAUAAUUAUAUUGUGGGUAAAUAAUAAAAUCUGGUGACUUUAGAAAAUGGACUACCAUGAAACUAGUUUAGGCAGUGGUAUUUAUAUUGCUGGUUUGCUAGGCCAAAUAUUGCCUUAAAAAUCACUGUGAAAGCUGAGCUAGCAACACAAAUAUACAGGAAAGAGUGAUGGAUUCUGUCACUGGAGAUGCGGGUUGGCAACUCUACAGCAGCACUUCUCUGUUGUUUCCUGAUCUACUCUCAUGAAUGUCAGUGGUUUUGUUCUUUUUUUAAAUAUGAAGAAGCACAGAUUUUUCUGGGCUUUUUGACAGUGAAGACAUCCUGCUUCUUGAGCAUCUCGAUCAACAUGAGCAGUGAGCUUUAGAAAGACAACUUGUCCCUGGCUUUGGUCUCCUUACUGAAGUAGCCACGUAAGCAGAACAAUGUCCCUGUUAUGUAGUGUCUGCUCGUUUUACUAAAGGUGUCCAAACUUGACAGCAAAUCCAAGUAUCUGCUUUCUCAAAUACAGGCAGCAGUUCUGGUCCUGUAGACUAUACUUGGUGCACAUUUAUAGGCUGCAGAAAUAAACCACCUUUGCUACCAGUGUGAAAGCAUUUGGAGAGAGGGAUGACCCUAACACCCACACUCCCCAUCUGCGCUGCUGUCUCUGAGAUGACAACUACUGCUGCUGUACGUUCUCUGUUUUACUAAAUCCUUUUCAGGCAGUAUUUGAUGGAAAUAGAAUGAAGAGAAAAAAAAAUAAUGUGCCACUUCACAAAAUUUUACAAAGAAAACCAAAGCCCUACAUCAAAUAAGAGUUUGAAGCUCUUAGAAAUCAUUGUCACCUGAAUGCAUGUGUGUAGACAACAAAACAGCAGCUCUAAAACUACUGGCUUCACCAGCAGUGAUGAGGUCUUUGAACUGUCUUGCAAAAGGGACUGGUGAGUCUUGACCACAGCUUGAGAAUACAGGAAUUGUACACGUGGGGCACCACCCCACACUGCCUUGCACUUUUAAAAGUCACUUACUAGACCACAAAGCACAUAUCAAAUGCUUUUCUUCCAACUUCACACAUGCUUUGGAUGAGGUCCAGGGCAAGAAUUCUGCCCUACUUUCCUUUGCUACCUUUCACUUUCCCAUAUUCCUUCAAGCUUUCGCUCUUUAUCAAAAUGAUUCUUUAGGUUUUGGAGAUCCAAGCCAUCCAUAUAGAGAAUGGACAGCCAUUCACAAAAGCUCAUUUAAAAGCAAGCAAUUGAGAUGAUACAAGAAGACUACCUCAGCAAGACCAGACACAAGGAUAUGGGUGGGAUAGCCUAAUUUCCGUUAAGUAAAAGUCACUACUCAGCAUACUGCUUUGCUUUGAAAAACAUGUCAACAAAUGAAAUGUUGUUUGUGGGACCAAAAAGCACCUUUUAAAAGACCAGUUAAUACAAAUGGGAAAACAUGGAUCAACUUCAGGGCAUAUAAGCCCUUCUAUGAGCCAGUACUGCUCUUGUAGACUGGGUGAUUUUAGGCAGAGGAACUUCAGAGCUCCCUGUUUAGCCUUAAACGACAACGGUGAGUAAUACUCUCCAAGUACUGCUCGAGCUGCCAGUAAUAAUAUUGAGGGGUUUUAGGUUUUGCAUAAGGCUUACAGUAAAGUCUCCAACCACCACCUCCUUUCACUAAGCAAAAGGAAAUCGACGCGAGGGAAAUGCCAGCUUUGCAUAAUCAUCUGGUUGUUAUUUUUUUUUGCAACGGAGGGAAAGGGACACUGUGAAAGUGACCCUUUCCAAAAGCUGCUGUUACUCAGGUUUCCCCAUCCACCUUCACAGCCUCACCCAGGUCAGCACCUCAUUGAAUCACUCACCAAGCAGAUUGAUUGUGCAGCACUAUUUAGUUGUGGAUGAAUGGUAGGCUAAGUUUCCAUGUCGAUCUGAUGCACUUCCACAUGAGUAUGAUUCCACCCACUCCAACGUAACUCAUGCUUGAGGGAAAAUUGGCUUCAGCAAGCUUCUCUUCUGUUUCAUCAUCAAGCAAAGUCAACAUAAAAGCACAAGUUUGCACAUUUUAUGUUUACAAUAAAGUAUUCCAAUGUCUUUUUUUAAAGAAAGCUAAGCUGCUUUUCAUGUCCUUAGGUCAGGCAAGACAACUGCCUGUUGGCCAAACACAGAACAGGAAGGAACAAGCAUUACAGAGGCUUGCAGGCUUUGUAUUCAGUGGGGAAGGUGUGGUUUUACUGUGGGAUGCUUCAAGGCUAAAGACUCACCAUUUAGCCCAGCAGAACAAAGGUUGCACUUCAGCUUUAUACACACAACUUUCACACCUACCACACCUACACAUCCUAUUGAUGGCAAAGUGGCAGUUUUCACAAGCAGAAGUAGAGCUGGGCAUUGGAUAUACUCAUGAAGCAGCACAGUUCUUUCCAGUUUGAUGCCAACCUGUGACAGAUGAGCCAGCUCAACAACCCCCAGCUCCACAGCAUCUAUUAAAAGAUCCAUCACACUGCUCCAGGUAACGCCUGUGCCAACAUACUGACCAACUGGUAUCUUUUGAA